CGCCGUCGCUGCCGCCGCCGUUAUUGUUAUUGUUGCUAAUACAAUACUCGUCAUCAGUUGUGUGUUGUGUAGCGAGAACUGGAAUUUUGAUCGCAUACUCCAAAAGAAAGAAUUAUGUCGAAAUUAUUGGGUGUGCCGCUUAAAAAGCCAGCAGAGGUGGAUGUGGAGAAGCCCCUUAAUAAUCUCAUCCAAAGUACAUACAGUGGAGCAUCACCCGAGGCAAAGGAAUCGUAUAAGUCUGCCGUCCAACAAUUUGCCCGGCAACGAAAUGCGGCCAUAUGGAAAUUCUUCGAGAAAUAUGAGUCCUCCUUGGAGAUUGUCUAUGCCUACUAUGAUCAGAUUUCCGCACUUGAGACAAAAAUUCCAGUUAAUGAAUUACAAAUACCUUUCAAGUGGAAGGAUGCUUUUGACAAGGGCUCAAUCUUUGGUGGACGUAUCAGCUUGACUCAUACUUCAUUAUCUUAUGAAAAGGUGUGUGUACUCUUUAACAUCGCCGCUUUGCAAUCAAAUGUAGCCGCUGUGCAACCAAUGGAUAGCGAUGAGGGCUUAAAGCUAUCUAUAAAAUUGUUUCAACAAAGCGCAGGUAUCUUUCAACACCUUAAGGCAGCUGUUCCAGCCGCAGUUCCUUCGGAACCAACACCCGAUCUUAACCAAGAUACGUUAGCUGUGUUGCAAGCUUUAAUGAUUUCACAAGCUCAAGAGGUCUUCGUCAUGAAGGCUAUUAAAGAUAACUUGAAGGAGAACAUCAUUGCAAAACUAUGCUGUCAAUGUGAAGAAUUUUACUCGGAUGUUUUGCGAGCCAUGCAAAAAGAGUCCGUUCGCAGUCUUUGGGAAAAAGAAUGGUUGCCUACUAUUGCUGGUAAACAAGCCGGUUUUCAUGCACUUACCCAAUUGUAUCAAAGUUUAGCUUGUCGUGCUGCUAAGAAAAUUGGCGAGGAAAUUUCUCGUCUCCGUAAUGCUGUUGAUCUUUUCAAGUCAGCACAAACUAGAUCAAACAGUCCAAACUAUUUAGAAGAAUAUUUCAAUAGGGCUAAGCGCAAUUUAGCUGAAUCCGUUAAAGACAAUGACUUAAUUUACAAUGAGAUGAUUCCAGAUGUAACGACUCUGCAACCCCCCGGAAAAGCACAGUUGGCAAAACCAUUGGCAAUGUCCUCUCCAAUGGCAAAAGAUUUUGAUGAUGUGUUCAAGGGAUUGGUUCCUGUGGAAUUGCAUCGCGCCCUACAGGCAUCAGAUAUGCGCAAGAAUGAAAUUGUCAAUGCUGAAAUAAUGAAACUCCGAGAAGCUACACAAACUUUGAAUGUUGUGUUGGCUAGCCUUAAUCUGCCAGCAGCUGUUGAAACAACUGACGGCGGAUCUGGUGUGCCUCCGUCAUUGGUUGACAAAUCGAACGAAGUGCGCCAAAAGGGUGGCGUUGAAGCUAUUAAUACCCAUUUAAAGGAAUUGCCUGAACUUCUCAGCCGCAACCGUGAGAUUCUCGAUGAAACCGAAAGAAUGUUGGAUGAAGAGCGUGACUCUGACAACCAAUUGAGAUCCCAAUUCAAGGAGAAGUGGACACGAAUCUCCUCCGAUAAGUUGACAGAAAUGUUUCGGACCAACUCAAAGAAAUAUCGCGAAGUUAUUAACAAUGCUGUAGCUGCGGAUAAAAUAGUUCGCGAGAAAUUCGAAAAGAAUCAGAAAGGCAUCGAGUUACUCUCGUUGCCGCUUGAUCAAUUGCAGCAAGCCAUGCCGGCCUCCGGGGGUUCGGUUGAUCCCAACUGCGAAAGUGUACAGAAACUCAAGCAACUAAUGGAGUCUGUGGAGACAAUAAAAGCAGAACGUGAUGUCAUAGAAUCCGAGCUGAAGUCCGCAACGUUCGAUAUGAAAAAUGAUUUUUUGGAAGCUUUACGCAAAGAUGGCGCCAUUGACGAGCCAGCACUUUCGCUGAAACGUAUUGGGGAAACUUUGCAACCUUUGCAGCAACAAAUUAAGGAAAGUGUUGAACGGCAACAGUCACUAGUUUCCGAUAUUCAAAUUGCUCACAGUGAAUUUGUUUCGGAAACUGGAACAAGCAGUACUUCGAGGGACACUUUGUGUCAGGAGUUGGCCACAGCCUAUGACAGCUUCAUUGAAUUGUUGGGAAAUCUUAAGGAAGGCACCAAGUUCUACAACGAUUUGACUGAACUGCUGGUGGUAUUCCAAAAUAAAAUAUCCGAUUUCUGUUUUGCACGUAAAACCGAAAAAGAGGAAUUAUUAAAAGAUUUAACCACAGAAUCAAGCCGUCAAGCAGCUGGUCCAACACCAUCGUUGCCAUCACAUUAUGCAUCAACCUCUGGCAGUGGCAGUGAUCUUCCAUCAACCCCGUCAUCUGCGCCUUCGUCUGCUCCAGCAGGAAAUGUGCCUUAUCCGCAGGCAGUUCAGGGAAUGCCAAUGCCCUAUGGUGCUGGACCUAAUAUGCCAUACCCCGCAUAUGUACCCCCACCAAUGCCGCAAGGUUUCAAUCCCUACGCAACCUUACCAUACCCAGGAAACUAUCAAUAUCCAGGAUUCCCUCAAGGUCCACCACCUGGUCACUAUGGGACCUAUCCAGGUAGUUUUGCUAACCAACAAGGAGGUUAUCCAAAUCAAAAACCACCAGGCUGGUAAACAAUUUCUACGCAUUUUCCAUGAAUAUUAUUUAAUUCUUCGGUUUUUAUUUGUGAUUAUUCAAUUAUGUAAUUCAUUUGAUGAAUUUUAUCAUGUAGUAUCGAAAGAUCAAAUCAAUUCAAUAAAUGUUUGUUUUUAGUUUAUAA